AGAUCUUAGUUACCGCCUUAGGGACCCCGAAAUACUAAUCUCGUGUCCUCAAAACGUCGACGGCCGGCGACACUUUUCAGUAAAUGAUUAAAGGUAGCUUCUGGCUUGAGUAGAACAUUUCUGAUCAGCUGGAAACCGAGAGAGUGAAGGAGGGGGAAAUGAUGAAAACAAAGAGGGAUGAUGGUAAUAGUGAAGACUGGAGAGGGGACUCGAAACGGCGUAAAGUUGUGGAUUGGCCAUCUUCACCUUCUGAAGAGCCACUUGUGCCUUACAAUGAUGAUGAAGAUGAUGAAAGGAGGGCAUUGGGUCGCGUAGGCGGUGGAGAACAAGAUGGUGAAGCAAGGUCAGAAGGGAAUGGUCAGGGAGUUAAAAGUGAAGAAGAUGAAGAUGACAGUGAUGAUCCAUAUGGGCAAGGAUCAUUUCUGGGGAAGCAAAAUCGCCAGGUUGAAGUACGAAGAGACUGCCCUUACCUUGAUACUGUUAAUCGCCAGGUGCUGGAUUUUGAUUUUGAGAGGUUUUGUUCGGUCUCUUUGUCAAAUUUGAAUGUGUAUGCAUGCCUGGUCUGUGGGAAGUAUUACCAAGGAAGAGGGAAGAAGUCCCAUGCUUAUACUCAUAGUCUAGAAGCAGGACAUCAUGUCUACAUCAAUCUUCGAACAGAGAAGGUGUAUUGUCUUCCCGAUGGGUAUGAAAUUAAUGACCCAUCAUUGGAUGAUAUACGCCAUGUUCUAAAUCCAAGGUUUACCAGAGAACAAGUUGAACAACUUGACAAGAACAAGCAAUGGUCUAGAGCACUUGAUGGUUCAGAUUACCUUCCGGGAAUGGUGGGGCUGAAUAAUAUUCAAAAGACUGAUUUUGUCAAUGUCACAAUUCAAUCUUUAAUGAGAGUUACUCCCUUAAGGAACUUUUUCCUUAUCCCUGAAAAUUACCAGCACUGUAAAUCUCCACUUGUUCAUCGAUUUGGGGAACUCACACGAAAGAUUUGGCAUGCUCGAAACUUUAAAGGACAGGUUAGCCCUCAUGAGUUUCUACAGGCAGUUAUGAAAGCCAGUAAAAAACGGUUUCGGAUAGGUGUGCAGUCUGAGCCUGUUGAAUUCAUGUCAUGGCUUCUCAAUACACUACAUGCAAAUCUAAGAACUUCAAAGAAAAGUAGCAGCAUCAUCCAUAAGUGCUUUCAGGGGGAAUUGGAGGUUGUAAAAGAGACACAGAACAAAGCUAUCACUGAGAAGAAAGAAAGUGGUGAGGAACAAAAUGGAGCUCCAAAAAUUACAGAUGGUGCAAUUGAGAAGCAUAAUGUUGGUGCUGAAACUUACAGAAUGUCCUUUUUGAUGCUUGGAUUGGAUUUGCCAGAACCACCUCUUUUCAAAGAUGUGAUGGAGAAAAAUAUAAUACCUCAGGUUCCUCUGUUCAAUAUACUGAAGAAGUUUGAUGGUGAAACUGUAACAACUACAGUUCGUCCUCCAGCAAGGAUGAGAUAUCGUGUCACCAGAUUGCCACAGUACUUGAUACUUCACAUGGGCCGCUUUACUAGGAAUAAUUUCUUCAGAGAAAAGAACCCAACAUUGGUGAACUUUCCUGUGAAAAACCUGGAGUUGAAGGACUACAUUCCUCUGCCAGCACCAACCAAAGAGAAUGAAAAGUUGCGCACCAAGUAUGAUCUGAUUGCUAAUAUUGUUCACGAUGGUAAGCCUGACGAGGGGUUCUACAGGGUCUUUGUACAGCGGAAGUCAGAAGAACUAUGGUAUGAGAUGCAAGAUCUGCAUGUUUCUGAAACCCUUCCUCAGAUGGUUGCACUGUCCGAAGCUUAUAUGCAGAUAUACGAGCAGCAACAGUAGGAUAGAGGAUUCGACAAGCCGAUGCUGAUGGUGUAUGAUUCCUCGGUUCAUCAAGAUAAGUUUCUGCAACUGGUUGAAGUGACACAAGUGAGAAACAUGCUUCUUGAGUGACUGGUUUGCGGUUACAAAACUGGUUGUCUGCCUUGGUUCAGGGAACCAAUUAACACAACUAUUUUGCUGUUUUGGAGAAACAAGAUAACUGCCAAUCCCUGUUUUCAGUUUCAUUUGGGAUGUAAUCCUUUUGCUAGUUUACUUAUUGGGAAUGUUAUUGUAAAGUCAUUAAAUGAAUAAUAUCUCAAUUUAAAUUUUAAA